AUGGCACCCACUGUCACAGUUACAUUCAUCAGGCAUGGAGAGUCGACGGAUAACUUGCGAAAUGUAUGGGCAGGUUGGAAGGACUCACCUCUGUCCAACCAUGGAAUGAAUGCAACAAAAGCGCUGGGCAAGUCACUCUCUCACAUCCGUUUCACGGCAAUACAUGCCUCCCCUUUGAAACGGGCACUCUGGACUGCACAGGCAGUACACGAUGCACAACAAGAGCCGCAACCCCCGCUCACAACCUCCCCGCUUCUGCGCGAACAGCACUGGGGAAUCGCUGAGGGAAACCCUUGGAUAAUGCAGUUCAAACCCGGUCUUACCCUUGAAGAGCAUUACGCUCGCAACCUAUAUCCAGUGCUUCCGGAUCGCUCACAGAAAUUCCCUGAAGGAGAAAGUCUGGACGACCUGGCACAGCGAGCGAAACAGGCCAUCAACGAUAUCGUGAUGCCAUAUGUCUGGCAGGCCGUAAAAACGGGAGAGAAAGGAACUCAUAUCGCCCUUGUGAGCCACGGCUUGUGCAUAAGCGAGCUUGUUCCCGCGUUGCUCUGCAAGGAUGUUAGUGGCAUACACCCGGGACACAAGUACAGAGGCCUUUUGAAUACAGCUUGGGCAAGAAUCACCAUUAAUGUUAAAGGUGCAAAGGAAGGUGAAGCGCUAGCUUUUAUAGAUAGUAACCCUCCUCCGUUAGAGAUACGGGUCGUAGACUUCAAUAGCCAUGAUCACUUAGACGACAUGAAGGGCGGGAUUGGCAGCGCACAAUUCGAUCCGAAACAGCAGAGUAUUCGUGCUUUCUUCGGAGGAGGGGGAGGAGAUGCUGAUUUGGAGGAGGGACGUAGUGAAAGCAAUGUACGGGAUGAGGUAGACGUUGAGGUCCAGGAUGAGGACACGCUGACGGCAAAGGAGGCUCAGAAACUCUAG